CAGAUGCAGGCUUCUGGAGCCGUUGUGGGGCGGUGAAGCCGCUUCAUGUCGUUAGCCUCUCGGGGAAGGGAGAAGGGAGAUGGGCUCUGAAUGAAGAAAGAGAAGGCUCCUGACCAGCAGCUUGGCAGACAGAGGCCGUCAGGCAGGAGCAGGAGUGAGAGCCCCGCGGUCCGCACGGCCCGAUCCCAGACCCGCACCUCGUUCGGCAGCCCGACCCUCAGCAUGCCGGGCCCCCGCCCGCUGGCGGCGCUCUGCGGCGUGCUGCUCUGCGCCUCCGGCCUCUUCGCUGGCUCCGGUGACUUGUGUGAACCCGAGUGCCUGAACGGUGGGACCUGCCUGGUGGGCCAGCACAACUUCCCCUUCUACUGCCUCUGCCCCGAGGGCUUCUCGGGCCCCACCUGCAACGAGACUGAGACAGGUGCCUGUUUCCCAAACCCCUGCCACCACGAUGCCGAAUGCCAGGUGACUGAUGAGUCACAGCGCGGGGAUGUCUUCACACAGUACAUCUGCAAGUGCUCGCAAGGCUACACAGGCAUCCACUGUGAGACCGUCUGCAGAAUGCCGCUGGGCAUGGAGACCGGGGCCAUCGCCAACUGGCAGAUCUCCGCCUCGUCCAUGCUCUUGGGCUUCAUGGGUCUGCAGCGCUGGGCCCCGGAGCUGGCCCGCCUGCACCGCUCGGGCAUCGUCAACGCCUGGACGGCCAGCAACUACGAUAAGAAGCCCUGGAUCCAGGUGAACCUGAUGCGGAAGAUGCGGGUGACAGGCGUGGUGACGCAGGGCGCCAGCCGCGCGGGCAGCGCCGAGUUCGUGAAGACUUUCAAGGUGGCGUACAGCCUCAACGGGAGGAAGUUCGAGUUCGUCCAGGCGGACGGGGGCUUUGGAGACAAGAUAUUUGUGGGCAACGUGGACAACAACGGCCUGAGGACCAACAUGCUGGACGCCCCCCUGGAGGCGCAGUACGUGCGGCUGGUGCCGGUGACCUGCCACUGGAGCUGCACCCUGCGCUUCGAGCUCCUCGGCUGUGAGUUGAACGGAUGCUCCGAGCCCCUGGGCCUGAAGGACUACACCAUCUCCGACGGGCAGAUCACGGCCUCCAGCACCUACAAGACCUGGGGCGUGAACUCCUUCAGCUGGUACCCCUUCUACGCGCGGCUGGACAAGCAGGGCAAGUUCAACGCCUGGACUGCGGAGAGAAACUCGGCCUCCGAGUGGCUGCAGAUCGACUUGGGCUCCCAGAAACAAGUGACCGGCAUCAUCACGCAGGGGGCCCGAGACUUCGGCCACAUCCAGUAUGUGGCAGCCUACAAGGUGGCCCACAGUGACGAUGGCUUGACCUGGACCGAGUACAAGGACGAGGGGGCCGAAGAGAGCAAGGUCUUCCCAGGCAACCUGGACAACAACUCCCACAAGAAGAACGUGUUUGAGACGCCCUUCCUGGCCCGCUUCGUGCGCAUCCUGCCCGUGUCCUGGCACAACCGCAUCACCCUGCGCGUGGAGCUGCUGGGCUGUUAGUGGCUCUGGCUCCGGUGGCCGGGGCAGCUGCCCCUUCCCGCCCCCUGACCUUCUGUGGACCUGCUGCCCCCUCCUCCACCCACCCCCCUCCUGAUUGUAGUGCCUGGCGGGGGCCCCGGUCACCUGUCCCUCCCUCUGUCCUCACACCUCACCUCCCACCUGCCCUCGGCGCCCAGCCCACACGCUGUGGGAGCGGAGUAGUAGGUCUGGGACGGACAGGGAAGAGCGAGGCCGGGGUGUGGGCUGCCUGCACCUCUGUGUCCUCCAUAGCCCACCCCACCCCCACUCCGGUCCCCCUGGCCCUGCGGGAAGGCCCUGAGGGGCCAGGCUGGAGAUAACAGCCCUCCCACCCAGCCCUGAGGGGUGACGCUGCCACUCUCUGUGCUCUGCCUGGCCCGAGGCCACUCCCACCCCAUCUCCCUAGAGGCCCCUCUGACCCCUGUGCCGCAGCCCGGAAAGACAGAAGGGGGUGGAGCGGGUCUGUGGAGAGGCGUGGGUGGGCACCGGGGUCCGAGCGCACUGGCAGCUUCCAAAAUAUAUUUAUGUCACUCCCCAGA